GACCCGGAAGUGCUUAUGGCUGCUCCUCGGGAUUCUGGAGCCCAUCAUGGUCUUCCUUACGACGCGCCUCUGGCUGCGGAACCGCCUCACUGACCGCUAUUGGCGGGUUCAGGAGGUGCUGAAACACGCUCGGCAUUUUAGGGGAAGGAAGAAUCGCUGCUACCGGCUGGCAGUCAGGGCAGUGACCAGAGCCUUCGUUAAGUGUACGAAGUCCCGCAGACUUAAGAAGCGGAACCUGAGGACCCUCUGGAUUAAUCGAAUUACAGCUGCCUCCCAGGAACAUGGCUUACAGUACCCUGCAUUUAUUAGUAACUUAAUUAAGUGCCAGGUGGAGCUCAACAGGAAAGUACUUGUGGACCUGGCCAUCUAUGAACCAAAGACGUUUAAAUCUUUGGCUGCUUUGGCUAAGAGGAGGCAGCAGGAAGGAUUUGCUGCAGCUUUGGGAGAUGGAAAGGAGCCGGAAGGUAUCUUUUCCAGAGUGGUACAGUACCACUGAAGGCUGCAGUGCUAUAGAAACUGUUAUAAACAAGCUAGGACCAAGGUCAAGAGGAUUGUCACCAGUAAGUCUGAUUUGUAUUUAUUUACAUUUUAGUAACAGGCCUGAGACGACAGGUUUUUACUCAGUGACACAGCCCCAAACUGUUCUGUAAAGAUUGUAUAAAUAAAGCCUUUGUAGUAUUGAA